AUGGCUGGCGCUUUAGAAAAUGCAAGAAAAGAAAUUAAACGUCUUUCAUUAGAUGAUCACAAGGAAAUCCACUAUGGGCAAAUCUUUUCAGUUUCAGGACCAGUUGUGGUUGCUGAAAAUAUGGUGGGGUGUGCGAUGUAUGAAUUGGUCAAGGUGGGUCAUGACAACUUGGUAGGAGAAGUUAUCAGAAUCAAUGGAGAUAAAGCAACUAUUCAAGUCUAUGAAGAAACGGCUGGUGUAACUGUUGGUGAUCCAGUUUUGAGAACUGGAGCUCCCUUGUGUGCUGAAUUGGGUCCGGGUUUGUUGAAUACUAUCUACGAUGGUAUCCAAAGACCAUUGAGAUCUAUUAAAGAAAAGACCAAUUCGAUUUAUAUUCCACGUGGUAUUGAUGUGCCAUCAUUGUCAAGAACGGCUGAAUACGAUUUCAAACCAGGUCAAUUGAAAGUAGGGGAUCAUAUUACUGGUGGUGAUAUCUUUGGGUCCAUUUAUGAAAACUCAUUGUUAGAUGAUCACAAGAUUUUGCUUCCACCGAGAGCUAGGGGUACAAUCACCUCAAUUGCGGAACCUGGUUCUUACAAUGUUGAAGAUACCGUUUUGGAAUUGGAGUUUGAUGGUAAAAAGCACAAGUACUCCAUGAUGCACACAUGGCCUGUAAGAGUCCCCAGACCCGUUGCUGAAAAAUUGACUGCUGAUUAUCCAUUGUUGACGGGACAAAGAGUUUUGGAUUCAUUGUUUCCAUGUGUUCAAGGUGGUACCACAUGUAUUCCCGGGGCUUUUGGAUGUGGUAAAACAGUCAUUUCUCAAUCCUUAUCAAAGUAUUCCAACUCGGAUGUCAUUAUUUACGUUGGUUGUGGUGAGAGAGGAAACGAGAUGGCAGAAGUGUUGAUGGAAUUUCCAGAAUUGUUUACUGAAAUUGAUGGAAGAAAAGAACCAAUUAUGAAACGUACUACUUUGGUUGCCAAUACAUCGAAUAUGCCCGUGGCUGCAAGAGAAGCAUCAAUCUAUACUGGUAUCACUUUAGCUGAAUAUUUCAGAGAUCAAGGUAAAAACGUUUCCAUGAUUGCUGACUCCUCGUCACGUUGGGCUGAGGCAUUGAGAGAAAUUUCCGGUAGAUUGGGUGAAAUGCCUGCUGAUCAAGGUUUCCCUGCUUAUUUGGGUGCCAAGUUGGCAUCUUUUUACGAAAGAGCGGGAAAAGCUACUGCAUUGGGUGGACCUGAUAGAGUUGGAUCUGUGUCUAUUGUUGCUGCUGUUUCCCCAGCUGGUGGGGAUUUCUCAGAUCCAGUCACCACUUCAACAUUGGGUAUCACUCAAGUGUUUUGGGGGUUGGACAAGAAAUUGGCACAAAGAAAGCAUUUCCCUUCGAUAAAUACCGCUGUUUCAUAUUCGAAAUACACCAAUGUGUUGAAUAACUAUUAUGACAAAAACUAUCCUGAAUUCCCCCAGUUGAGAAACAAGAUUAAGGAAAUUUUAUCCAAUGCUGAAGAGUUGGAACAAGUGGUGCAAUUGGUUGGUAAAUCUGCAUUGAGUGAUUCAGACAAGAUCACAUUGGAUGUUGCUGCAUUGAUCAAGGAAGAUUUCUUGCAACAAAAUGGUUACUCCACCUAUGAUGCAUUCUGUCCUAUUUGGAAAACAUUCGAUAUGAUGAAGGCAUUUAUUUCGUACUAUGACGAAGCACAAAAGGCUGUUGCCAAUGGUGCUCAAUGGUCAAAGUUGUCUGAGGCAACAAGUGACGUCAAGCAUGCCGUUUCAUCAGCCAAAUUUUUUGAACCAAGUAGAGGUGAAGAAGAAGGCGAUAAGGAAUUUGGUGAGUUGUUGACCAACAUUUCGGAAAAGUUUGCUGAUGCCGCAGAGUAG